CAUUCAGCCAUUGAACUGGGAAGAGCAGGGUCUGUGCUCAUGGUUUAACUGCGACCUGCGUGGGGCUUCUACAGGCAAAAUGACGCCGUGUUGGCUAUUUUAGAGGUCGCCUCGCAGCACACGGUGAAACUAUUCGGUCGGCCGGUGUCGUCGUUGAGGAGCGAGGACCCCAAUGUCUGUAGCAGCCGCUGGGGGAGGAGGCUCUCCCUGCUUGGGCGCAGCAGCGGCGGCGGCGGCCAGUUGCAGCUCCGCCGGCUUGUCUUACGCCACUCCGGCGGGCGGAGGCGCAGGGGUGGCCGGGAGGUUGCCAGCCCGAGUGCUGGAGCAUAUUUUCUCGUAUCUGGAGCUGUUUGACCUGAUGCGCUGCUCGUUGGUCUGCUGGCACUGGAACAACAUUCUGGCGGAUGAGAACAGCGAGGUGUGGCGCAGCCUCAGCUCUCGGACGCUAAGCGAUGAAGCCCUGCGGUCUGAUAUCCUGUGCAACCUGCCCACAUAUAAGGGGAAGCUUAAGGCUUUCCAACACGCCCUGAGCUCCCACGACUGCUCCCGCAACGUUUACGUGAAGAAGAACGGCUUCACUCUGCACCGCAACCCCAUAGCCCAGAGUACGGACGGGGCGCGGGGCAAAAUCGGCUUCACUGAAGGCCGGCACGCCUGGGAGAUCUGGUGGGAAGGGCCCCUGGGCACCGUGGCCGUGAUAGGCAUCGCCACAAAGCGGGCGGCGAUGCAGUGCCAAGGCUACGUGGCCCUGCUGGGCAGCGACGACCAGAGCUGGGGCUGGAACUUGGUCGACAAUAACCUACUUCACAACGGGGAGGUCAGCGGAAACUUCCCGCAGUGCAACAACGCACCCAAAUAUCAGAUCGGGGAGCGAAUACGAGUAAUUCUAGACAUGGACGACAAGACGCUAGCCUUCGAGAGAGGCUUCGAGUUCCUUGGCGUUGCUUUCCGCGGACUUCCAAAAGUCUGCCUGUUCCCGGCCGUCUCCGCCGUGUACGGCAACACGGAAGUCACAAUGGUUUAUCUGGGAAAACCUCUGGACGGCUAACGCGCACAUUAACCCCGUUUUCUCAUUAAACACAAACUUUCCGGCAGGAGCCGAGCCCCCCGGCGCCCCCCUUUUUCGUCAACAGACUGCUACCACUUUCUGUCAUGAAGUUCGAAUGUGGCGGAGGCUGAAGAAAAACAGACUUUAGAGGUAAGGUGUGGCUGUUUUACUACAGCUCAACAAGAACGCGCGGGAGGGCGCGCACAACACGUGGAAACGGAAAUACACACGGACUGUCAUAAACAUGUUUCUUUACCGACAUGGAAGGACUCCACUUUUACAGUUCGGCUGCUGGACUGUUUUGAUCAGUAAAGCAUCGUUUUAUUUCCUAUAUUUCAGAUGAAUAAUGCUAAACAAUUAUGUAAGACGUCAUUUCUGCUUCAGUGAGGCCAGAGCCACUCUAAACUGUGGCAGAAACUUUAGCAUUUUAAGUGAAACAGUAAUCAUUAAAGCAAACUGUUUGGUGUGUGUCAGUUAAAACAACACUCUGCGGGUUUAGCCAAAGUCGUCUGUUCUGUCCAAAAUCGGAUUGCAGUGAAUUGAAACCGAAUCCUUGUGACUUGUUGGUACACUUUGAUCAAAUUCACAAAUGGACGACCAGCUGUCAAGUGCAUGAAUUGCAGACAUAAUUAUUUCAUAAACGGUGCAAACUUUGCCUGUGUCAUGACAAUAUGUGUCCUUUUUAAUGUGCUACUGUAGUAUUACAUGUUAUUUAUUUUGUGAUUUUAUCUCUGGUACUAUAGACACUGUAUGGUUGUAUUGGCCUGAAAAUAAAGUCCUCACGGUGCCACCAUAA